AUGAAAAUUAUUUUCACAAAACCUGUGAUUAUAUCUGAAAAUUAUAGUAACAACACAACUUGCAACAACAAUGGCAUCUCUCGUAAAAGAAGCCUCGUAGAACAGAAGAAUAGUAGUGACUUAGUGAAGCAUAAUCAAGAGACAAGAAUAGACACACUUAUUCAAAAUGAGGUCGGUACAUUUGAUUAUAGUCUCGAAAAGGUAUUAGCUAGUAACAAAGUAAGGUCCACAAGAGUAGAAGGCAAACAAAAAAAGUUCAAAAAACAAGAGAAUAUCUAUAACUCAAAGUGGGCUCUGAGUGGUGAAUACAUAUUAGAAAA